GCCAACGGUGCGGAUACUUGACUUGGGCCGGAGCUGCCAACUGAAUGUGUGAGGUGCCAGUGACGAGGACGACGACGAGUGCGAAUCUCGGCAAUCGGGCGGUGAUAUCCAUCAGGCAAGCGGUCCCAUCGAAAGAUCAAAAGUUCGAAACACCCAAAAGUGUCAAGUGAAGGCGGCUUAAACAUAAUAAAUGAAACAAAAAAAAACAAGGAAAAAAUCCAGAGCUCGUGUGUGCGCAUGCAUGUCCAAAUACCCAUAAACAAUUCAUCAGAAAGCGAGCAAACAAAUAAACAACAAACAACAGAUAUUGUUUACAAUGGCCUAAAAGGGCAGGAGACAACCAAAUAAAAUAGUUUUCAAAUUCAUUCCAUGACAAGUGGCUAAAACAAUAAGCACAAAACGUUUUAAAACUCUUUCUCUCUCGAAACACAAACAAUGAACGGAAACAGCAGCAAUAUCAACGGCGGCAACAGCAGCAACAUCAUGUGCAACAGCAACUGCACGGCAGCAAUAUCAGCAUCGUCAGCAGCAGCAGGUCCAGUCACUCGGUCAUCAACGGUAACAACAACGCUGGCAACAACUAUGUUCUAUGGCUAAUACAAAAUCUACAAACAACAAAUCGCCAACAACAACUAAGCCAAAAGUUCGCCAAAGCAUUUGAUGCUAAAACAACAACAAGGAAAACAACAGCAGCAGCCACAUCAACAUUGGCAACACUUUUACGAGUUGCCAACUACCUUGUACAACGAAUUUUUAUUAUUGCACAAGGCCUGAGGCGGCACUUCGGCGGGAUCCUCAUCCGGAAUCAUUCCAGUUCGAGUAUGCGAUGGCAGCGGGAAGAGCCGCCGCGACGCUGGAGGCUCCGGGUGCGGGACCGCCCAGUGGUCAGGACAUAGCCAGCGACAACAGUGCCCAGCGCCGCACGCUGGCGACGAAGGUGCGUCGAAAAGGGCCACGCCCCCAGCGGCGCCUGCACCCGCCCCUGCGCCCCCGCCUGCCGCUGCUCCACUUCCACCUGCUGUGGCUGCUGUGCUGCUGCUGCCAACUGGGCCAGCUGAUGGCCGACUGCCCGGCGGUGUGCGAGUGCAAGUGGAAGAGCGGCAAGGAGUCCGUCUUGUGCCUUAACGCCAACCUCACCCACAUCCCGAAGCCCCUGGACGCAAGCACCCAGCUGCUGGACCUGAGCGGCAAUGAUAUCCCGUCGAUCCUGGACGACAGCUUCGCCUCGGCCAAGUUGCUCAACCUGCAGAAGGUGUACCUGGCCCGUUGUCACCUGCGACUGAUCGAGCAGCAUGCAUUCCGCAAGCUGAUCAACCUGGUGGAGCUGGACCUGAGCCAGAAUCAACUCUCGGAAAUACCCUCGUUGGCCCUGUACCACGUCUCGGAGCUGAGGGAACUCCGGCUGAGCGGCAAUCCCAUACUGAGAGUGCCGGACGAUGCCUUCGGCCAUGUGCCGCAGCUGGUCAAGUUGGAGUUGAGCGACUGCCGGCUGUCGCACAUCGCGGUGCGGGCCUUUGCCGGGCUGGAGAGCAGUCUGGAGUGGCUGAAGCUGGAUGGGAAUCGGUUGAGCGAGGUCAGGAGCGGCACCAUCACCUCGCUGGCCUCGCUGCACGGCCUGGAGUUGGCCCGUAAUGAGUGGAACUGCAGCUGCUCCUUGAGACCCCUGAGAGCCUGGAUGCUGCAGCAGAAUAUUCCCAGUGGCAUACCCCCAACCUGCGAGUCUCCGCCCAGAUUGUCCGGCCGAGCCUGGGAUAAGCUCGAUGUGGAUGACUUCGCCUGCGUGCCACAAAUUGUGGCCACGGACACAACGGCCCACGGAGUGGAGGGCCGCAACAUCACCAUGAGCUGCUAUGUGGAGGGAGUGCCACAGCCGGCGGUUAAGUGGCUGCUCAAGAAUCGCCUGAUAGCCAAUCUCAGUGCUGGCGGGGAUGGGGACUCCGAUUCGGAGCCGAGGACAGCAGCAGCCACGCAGGGCCGGAAGACCUAUGUGGUCAAUAUGCUGAGGAAUGCCUCGAACCUGACCAUUCUCACGGCGGACAUGCAGGAUGCAGGGAUCUAUACGUGUGCAGCGGAAAACAAGGCCGGCAAGGUGGAGGCCAGUGUGACUCUGGCUGUGUCCCGAAGGCCACCGGAAGCUCCGUGGGGCGUGAGGAUUAUCCUGCUGGGCGUUAUAGCCGCCCUGCUCUUGGUGGGUGGAUCCUCCUUUGCGGCCAUCUGUUUGUGUUCCCUGCAAAGGCGAAGAAAGCUGCGACUCUGGAACUCGGUGCCGCCGGUGAGGCGAAGUGAGAGCUACGAGAAGAUCGAGAUGACGGCCAGGACGAGACCGGAUCUAGGGGGCGGGGCCAGCUGCGGAGGCGGCAGUGCCACUGGCGCAGGACUCUUUCACGACGCCGAGGAGCAUGGCUAUCUGCGGGCAGCCCACACCCCGCUGAACGACAAUGAUGCGGGUCAGGCGGCGGCCAUUGUGAAUCCGAGUGCGGGAAGUGCCCAGCGGAGGAACGGGGACUACCUGCACGUGUCCACCCACUGCGACGAUGAGGAGGAGGAGCAGCAGCAGCUGCACCACCACCACCCACAGCAGCAGCAGCCGCAGGCUACCAGCCAGCACCACCCACAUCCCAAUCAGCAGCAGCCGAGGAAGAGCUCCCAGGGCCAUGUUGUCUCCGCAUCCGGCACGAAUAAUUCAGCGCUGCUGGAGGAAACGGAUCUGCACAUACCGCGCCUCAUCGACAUCGGCGGCACCGAUUCCGCAUCGAGUUCGAUAUCCAGCCAGGUGGAUGCCGCUGCCCGCUUGGGCGGCUAUGCCGGACACACCUGGAAGACCACGCCCAUUGCCACCACCAAGAUCAACUCGCCGCACAGCAAACCGGCUACGUCGGCGGCACCAUCGUCCCUGAAUCCCCCGGGCACGGCUACGGCCACGCCCUACGCCCACUAUGGCAACCAUCCGCCCGACGAGAUGGCCACCUCGGUGUUCUGCAGCGAGGGGCAGGAGAGCGACCUGUUCGACAGCAACUACCCGGAUCUGCUGGACAUAGCCAAGUAUGCGGUGGCCCAGGCGCAGCAGGAGAGUCGGGGGCAGGGCUACGGGCCGGCCACGCCCACUCCGAACGGGGGGCUGUGCACGCUGCCCCGAAAACUGAAGACCAGCGGAAAGUACUUCCGCAACUCGUCGGACAGUCAAUCGCCCCUGCUGGCGGAUAACUCCAGUAAAUACGGCAGCAGCACCCUGGGCGAUGGAAGUUUCCUCAACGAGGCCAUGGGUCUGGGCAGGCGGUAUUCGGCGGAGUCCAGUUAUGCGAACUAUUCGAGCACGGCCACCUACACGGGCGGUGGCCAGCGGGCGAAUAGUUUCCUCAACUUGGUGCAAAGUGGCGCCCACAAGGGUAACCUGCUGCAGGGUCAUUUGGGGCAGAAGCCCAGCCUGCCCUCGAGUCCGGUGCAGCAUCAGCGAUCGUUGUCGAGUGCGGCCACGCCCCUUUUGGACUUUUCCGCCCUGGCAUCAAGGGCUGCCGGAGCGGCCAAUUCCUCGGUGGCCGCCUACGAUUAUCAUGCCGCUCAGUUGGAGCGAUUCCUCGAGGAGUACCGCAACCUGCAGGAUCAGCUGUGUAAGAUGAAGGAGACCUGCGACACGAUCCGGAAGAAGGAGACGCCACUGCGAGUGGCCAUUGGCCAGUCGGCUGCCCAGCUGGCGGACCCCGUGAUGUACAGUGCAGCCUCGCACAGCCCGAAACCGCCGGCGGCCAGCAAUCUGAAGACGAAGACCCUGCUGCCGGGACAACCGCCGGAUCCACCGCCCUACUGGCUGCACCGCAACGCCAUGCUGAAGCGGUUGAACGGGGAUGGCAGCGUUGGAUCAAAUGGAUCUGGUGGAUCUCCCGCCUCGCCGCAGCCCGGCCAGGAUAUUUUCAAGAGCUAAUCGCAAUCGUGUACAGCCGGAGGAUUAGAUGAUGGGGCAGGAGGAAAAUCGAGAGCCUUCGGUUCGCCGAAGAUGGCAUGAGCUUGCAGGAAUAAAGAAAUUCAAUAAUAAAACAUGAGAAGGGUACAAAUUACAAAAGGAAUAACAUUUUACAUUUUUUAUAUUGUUUCUCAAUGCAAUGAAUUGUUUUUUUAUUUUUUUCAAAUUGUAUUUUAAGUGUCUUAAAAUUACUUUUGGAUUUUUGAUUAACAUGAAAAAGAUAAAAGAUAGACAUUUUCUUAAUAAAUGGCUUUUACUUCUAUAGCAAAAAAAUUUUAUUUUUUUUGUUGGACAAAAUAUUAUAGAGAAGUAUAUCAUUUUAAAGCUAUAUUAUUUUUGAGCUAUUUUUAAAUUUUGAUAGAUUUUGUUUCUAUUUUUAAUUAGUUUAUUUAGAAUGAGAAAUUUAGUAAUGUGAUUUUGAACAAACAACAUUUAAAAAAUGUGACUUACUGAUAAAAAGAAAAUUAAACUUACUCCUAAAGAAAAUUAAACCCAAGAUUUCCAUUAUAAAAUAUUUCAACAAAGUCCAGUGACUUAGUAAACCAUGCAAGCUCCUGCCCAUCGAUCUAAAUGCAUUUGUCUGGAUAGUUAGUUAGGCCUAGGUAGCUGGAGGACAUACAACUGGUUCGAUAUCCAGCCCCUCUGUUGUAUUAUAGAAACACUUUUCCACUCUUUAUACUCGCUACUACGCAAUAUUAAACACGAUCCAAAAAAAAAAGGACGACAAACAACAUAAGAUAUUGUAAGUGUAUAGACAGAAGUCCCUUAGAAAUGAAAAAACACUAUCUCGAACACACCUAUCGGAACCUAAUCCUAGAACCCCCAAAAAAAAGCUCUCGUGUUAGUCUAACUACAAGUGUUUUGUACUUUAAGCGAUCUCAAUAUAAACAAGGAUAAUAUAGAUGACUUAAAUAUCAUAAGUAUGAGUUGGCACAGACUGCAGAUCAAUAGAUUGACGUAUUGUUUGAUUGUUAGAUGUUUGUUUUUCUGUACCGCAGUUCAGGUCACAAAUUGUAAGCCAAUUAGAUCCAAACUCUAAAUUGUAAUUUAAAACGAUACAAAAAACCAAACACGUAUUUUAGGGUGUCACUAAACUAAAACUCGAAAGCAUUUCACCCAACCAA